AGGUCUGUGAUGGUAGGCAGGGGUUUGUGGUUGUGCUGUGGGAGCCUAAAAACCUGAAAGCAGCGAUUUACGCGCGAACUUUUAACUGCUUUCCAGCAUUAAACGCAGCCUGAGAAACUUGUCACUAGUGAGCUGGAUUAGUUUAUCAGUUUAAAGGGCAAGACAAGAAGAGCUCCGACACCCAGUCAACAUGGCAUACAGACGAGAGCGGAGCAUCAGGGAGAUCUAUGAAGAACGAGUUAACGGAAGAUCACAGCAGGCACCUUAUCAGAGAACGGUGAGCCUUGUGGAUAGGCGGCCUGCCCACAGCUGGACAGAGGAAGACUAUGACCGAGAGGCUGACUAUGACCACGGUCGUGGACGAGGAGGAUACCAUGGGGAUGAUCAGAGAGGCUAUUAUGGGGAGAGAGAGCAGUAUGGUGGAGAAAAAAGAGGUGGACCACCUUAUAGAAGGGCGGAUCCAUAUUUCUACUACAGAGGGUCUGCAGAAGAGCCCCCAGCAGCAAGACAGGCUGAGCUCAGGAACAAUAGCAGAGUGCCUUCACAGCCUAGGGGUCAAAGGUUACCUCCUCCUCGGCCGCUGAUGAGUAUACCCCGCAGAGGAGACGACAAUGUUAUGAACGGCACUGUGAAUCCGGACCGAGGGGAUGAACGUGAGAGCCUGAAGCGGAAAGCUCCAUUCCCCCCUGCUCGUGAGCAGUCCCCACCGAAGAGAGAGGUGCCCCCUGCCUCCCGUUCUCGAUCCAGCCGCAGCUACUCUCCUGAGUGCAGCAAGACCAGCUUCUCUCCACCUCUGCCCAAGAAGACUGCCAUCCAACAAGAAAAAGAGAGACCACCCAAUCGCACUGGUGAAUCUCAAGAUGGAUCCCCACACAGUUCAGUAUUAGCAACAAAGCAGGAGGAGAAGCCAGAGACUGGAGUGGAGCAAUGUGAGGAGACAGAAGUUAAGGAAGAUGCUGGCCAGACUCUAGAAGUACGUCGGGCACAUGUCAUCGCAAACAAAGCUCUGGAGAUUGAAAAGUUAUACAGGCAGGACUGUGAGACCUUCGGGAUGGUGGUUAAGAUGCUAAUUGCUAAGCAGCCAACUUUGGAGAAGCAGCUUCAGACAGCAUUGAAAGCGAACCUGGCAGAGAUUAAGGAACGAUGCCUGGAGGACCUCCGUCACUUUAUUUCUGAGGUGAAUGUAGUGCUUAAAUCUGACCAGUCUUGAUCGAGACUGGUUUCAUCAAAGGACUCCUUUACAAAGCACUUUUGGAAGCAGUGAUGUUUGCUAGUUUUGCCAACCCUUUUUGCUGCUUCAAACCAUUGUUAAAAACUACUAUACAAGCCACUUGAAAAUGUCAAGCUUAAAUAGCUUGGAAUCCGGUGGAACAGACAGAAUGAGUAUCAGCAGUAAACAGUGAUACUAUUUGAUUCUCAGUACAUUUAUUGGACAAUCCUGAUGUGGCUCAAAUGUCAGUGUUCAGUUGUCUGGUUUAAAAAAAUGUGUUGCCCUGAUUCACUGCCAAUAUACAUGCCAGAAAUAUUCAAGAUUUUCUUAUACUAAACACUUUUUAAUAAACUUUUCCUAAUAAAUA